UCGAAAAUAUCGCCAUCAUAAUUGUAAUCCUCUGUAAUGUUUUGGUCAUUUCUAUGACUCAAGUAACAGGCCCAAAUUCAGAUUAUUUCCCUGAUUUACUAUACUGGUUAGUUUGCUAGCUCUGUUUCUGCAGAGAGAUGGCGGAGGCGUUGUUCUCUUUUGAGCCGUUUGAGUUCAAUGGAAUUCAAGGGGGGUAUGGCACACUUGAAGGGUAUGAGAAAGAUAACUCCGGCAAAGGAAAACAAGACCAUCUCUUUGGAAUUGAAGACUGGGAAGAAUUUGAAUCUCUCUGUUCUCAGUACGGUCUUUUCCAAGAGAGCAUUCCUGACAAAAGAGCCCAUUUCUCUAAAGCUCAGCAGCAGCAGCAACAAUCGCCCAGAUCAAACCAUUGGGCGCUUGAUGAGUUACAAUUCGAUACUGUUUCGACACCGAUUCAACCAAUCCAGGAGAGCAAAAAGCUUGAAGAUUUCCAAGCAGGAAUCAAGGAACCUCUUCAUGAACCCAACAGGGAAAAGCCAUAUCCAUUUUCUCUGUCAUCUUUGGAGCUGCUCAACAACUACGGAGGUGGUGUCAAGAAGUUGAAGAGGGAAAACUUGAGCAAUAUAAGCAAUGAGAUUAAUGCGGAACGCCAGAGACUAUCCACUGAAGAAGUCAUGAGAGUGGCAGGAGCUCGGUAUGUGGAGUUUUCAAGCCAAAGGGGUGAUGAUUUCACUCUCCAUAUGCACCCUUUCGGCUUUGCUCUCAUGGGGCUGUCCCAAGAAGAAACCAAGGACGUGGAGCUUGUCCACUUCCUUCUAUCUGCCGCAGAAAAGGUAGGCUGCCAACAGUUUGAACGCGCAAGCAGAUUUCUCACCCGGUGUGAAUGGAUUGCAUCAGACACAGGCAACCCAGUUGAGAGAAUCGUGUUCUACUUCGCCAAAGCUCUUCGCGAGAAAAUCGAUCGAGAAACAGGCCACUUUAAAGGAUUCAAAGGAAAUGGAAGAAAGGAUCUAAUGGGCUUGGGAUUCGCCACCAACCUUGCGUCCAUUGCCUGCCACCAAGACCUUCCCUUCAUCCAAGUAACACAAUUCACCGGAAUACAAGCCAUAGUAGAACAUGUUGCUUUAUCUGGUAAGAUCCAUUUGGUCGAUCUUGCAAUCCGGAGCGGCGUUCAGUGGACGGUGUUGAUGCAGGCCCUUGCAGACCGAGACGAAUCCCCCGUUUCUCUCCUCAAGAUAACUGCUGUUACAACAAUGGACAAAAACCAUGUGGAGGAGACCGGGAAGAGAUUAGAAAGCUUCGCGAAGUCUCUCAACCUGCCAUUUUCAUUCAAUGUCGUUUUCGUUACAGAAAUGAAGGAACUGAAGGAAGAACUCUUGGCGGUAGAAGCCGAAGAAGUUGUGGCCGUGUACGCGCCCUUGGUGCUGAGAUCAAUGAUCCCAAGGCCUGAUUACCUGGACGUUCUAAUGAGAGUGAUUAAAAAGCUCAGCCCAUCAAUAAUGGUGGUCACUGAAGUCGAAGCGAACCACAAUUCACCUUCAUUCGUGACCCGUUUCAUAGAGGCACUGUUCUUCUACAGCGCAUUCUUCCACUGCUUGGAGGUUUGUAUGGGUAGUACUACUAAGAGCCAAUACAGAAUGAUGACGGAGGCCAUGUUUUUCGGUGAGGGGAUCAGAAACAUGAUUGCAGCUGAGGGCGAGGAGAGGGUUGUAAGAAAUGUGAAGAUGGAUGUAUGGAGGGCCUUCUUCUCAAGGUUCGGAAUGGUGGAAAUGGAGUUUAGCGAAGCGUCCUUGUAUCAAGCUAGCUUGAUUAUUAAGCGGUUUGCUUGUGGGAGUUGUUGCAGUCUUGAAAAGGAUGGGAAGUGCCUCAUUGUUGGGUGGAAAGGAACUCCUAUUCAUUCCCUUUCAGCGUGGAAAUUCACCUGAAAGAGAGAUUUCGGGCAUGUUUGGUUCCCGGGAAACAAACACGGCCUUAGAGACUGAUCUCAAACUCACAAUUAUGUAGUAUAUAUAUAUGGUUUCUGAAACACUUAGUUGAACUGCAUCAAACAUUCUUUUUCUUCUUUUUGGUUGUGUUUGGC